GGAAGCGGGAGAGUCCGGACAAGUGGCGAAGGGCUCCUGUUCCCAGUCGGCUGCGCCCGCGGAGCCGCCUCGUUGCCGUUGGCCGUAAGCGGGGGCGACAGUCCCAUCGGCCAGCGCCUCGGGCUGCGAGUGGCGCCGGGAUCGGGGGCGUCGGCUCAGCAAGCGGCUGGCGUCCGCGCCCUGCGCGUCAGGCCUGAGAACUGGAGGAAACUGGAGAAAAGAUGCCCUCUGACUCUUUCUGUUUGGCUGCCCAGGCUCGCCUUGACUCCAAAUGGUUGAAAACAGAUAUACAGCUUGCAUUCACAAGAGAUGGGCUCUGUGGUCUGUGGAACGAAAUGGUUAAAGAUGGAGAAAUUGUAUACACUGGAACAGAAUCAACCCAGAACGGAGAGCUUCCUCCUAGAAAAGAUGAUAGUGUCGAACCGAGUGGAACAAAGAAAGAAGAUAUGAAUGACAAAGAGAAAAAGGAUGAAGAAGAAACUCCUGCACCUGUAUAUAGGGCCAAGUCAAUCCUGGAAAGCUGGGUAUGGGGCAAGCAACCAGAUGUGAAUGAACUGAAGGAGUGUCUUUCUGUGCUGGUUAAAGAGCAGCAGGCCCUGGCCGUGCAGUCAGCCACCACCACCCUCUCAGCCCUGAGACUCAAGCAGAGGCUGCUGAUCUUGGAGCGCUAUUUCAUUGCCUUGAAUAGAACCGUUUUUCAGGAGAAUGUCAAAGUUAAGUGGAAAAGCAGCAGCAUUUCUCUGCCUCCUGUGGACAAAAAAAGUUCCCGGCCUGCGGGCAAAGGCGUGGAGGGGCUCGCCAGAGUGGGAUCCCGAGCGGCGCUGUCUUUCGCCUUCGCCUUCCUGCGCAGGGCCUGGCGAUCAGGCGAGGAUGCGGACCUCUGCAGUGAGCUGUUGCAGGAGUCUCUGGAUGCCCUGCGAGCACUUCCCGAGGCCUCGCUCUUCGACGAGAGCACCGUGUCCUCUGUGUGGCUGGAGGUGGUGGAGAGAGCAACCAGGUUCCUCAGGUCUGUCGUGACUGGGGAUGUUCAGGGAACGCCAGGCACCAAAGGGCCAGGAAGCAUCCCCCUGCAGGACCAGCACUUGGCCCUGGCCAUCCUGCUGGAGCUGGCUGUGCAGAGAGGCACGCUGAGCCAAAUGUUGUCUGCCAUCCUGUUGUUGCUUCAGCUGUGGGACAGCGGGGCACAGGAGACUGACAAUGAGCGUUCCGCCCAGGGCACCAGUGCCCCGCUUUUGCCCUUGCUGCAGAGGUUCCAGAGCAUCAUUUGCAGUAAGGAUACACCCCACUCCGAGGGCGACAUGCACCUUUUGUCUGGUCCCCUGAGCCCCAACGAGAGUUUCCUGAGGUACCUCACUCUUCCACAAGACAACGAGCUUGCCAUUGACCUGCGACAGACGGCGGUUGUCGUCAUGGCCCACUUAGACCGUCUGGCUACGCCCUGUAUGCCUCCGCUGUGCAGCUCUCCGACGUCUCAUAAGGGAUCAUUGCAAGAGGUCAUAGGUUGGGGGUUAAUAGGAUGGAAAUACUAUGCCAAUGUGAUUGGUCCGAUCCAGUGCGAAGGCCUGGCCAACCUGGGAGUCACACAGAUUGCCUGUGCAGAGAAGCGCUUCCUGAUUCUGUCACGCAAUGGCCGUGUGUACACACAGGCCUACAAUAGUGACACACUGGCCCCACAGCUGGUCCAAGGCCUUGCAUCCAGAAACAUUGUAAAAAUUGCUGCGCAUUCUGAUGGUCACCACUACCUGGCCUUAGCUGCCACUGGAGAGGUGUACUCCUGGGGCUGUGGGGACGGCGGACGGCUGGGCCAUGGGGACACUGUGCCUCUGGAGGAGCCUAAGGUGAUCUCCGCCUUCUCUGGAAAGCAGGCCGGGAAGCACGUGGUGCACAUCGCUUGCGGGAGCACUUACAGCGCGGCCAUCACUGCCGAGGGGGAGCUGUACACUUGGGGCCGCGGGAACUACGGCCGACUGGGCCACGGCUCCAGUGAGGACGAGGCUAUUCCGAUGCUGGUAGCUGGGCUUAAAGGACUGAAGGUCAUCGAUGUGGCGUGUGGGAGUGGGGACGCUCAAACCCUGGCUGUCACUGAGAACGGGCAAGUGUGGUCUUGGGGAGAUGGUGAUUAUGGGAAAUUGGGCAGAGGUGGUAGUGAUGGCUGCAAAACCCCAAAGCUGAUUGAAAAGCUUCAAGACUUGGAUGUGGUCAGAGUCCGCUGUGGAAGUCAGUUUUCCAUUGCUUUGACGAAAGAUGGCCAAGUUUAUUCAUGGGGAAAAGGUGACAACCAGAGACUUGGACACGGAACAGAGGAACAUGUUCGUUAUCCAAAACUCUUAGAAGGCUUGCAAGGGAAGAAGGUGAUUGAUGUGGCUGCCGGCUCCACCCACUGCCUGGCUCUGACUGAGGACAGCGAGGUCCACAGCUGGGGGAGCAACGACCAGUGCCAGCACUUUGACACCUUGCGCGUGACCAAGCCAGAACCUGCAGCAUUGCCGGGACUGGACACCAAACACAUAGUGGGAAUUGCCUGUGGGCCUGCCCAGAGCUUUGCCUGGUCAUCGUGUUCUGAGUGGUCCAUUGGCCUCCGUGUCCCUUUUGUGGUGGACAUUUGCUCAAUGACUUUUGAGCAGCUGGAUCUCCUGCUGCGGCAGGUGAGGGAGGGGAUGGACGGCUCCGCGGACUGGCCCCCGCCCCAGGAGAAAGAGUGCGUGGCCGUGGCAACGCUGAAUCUUCUACGACUUCAGUUGCAUGCUGCCAUUAGUCACCAGGUUGACCCGGAAUUCCUUGGUUUAGGUCUGGGCAGCGUCCUCCUGAACAGCCUGAAGCAGACGGUGGUGACCCUGGCCAGCAGCGCGGGCGUACUGAGCACCGUGCAGUCGGCCGCCCAGUCCGUGCUGCAGAGCGGCUGGUCCGUGCUGCUGCCCACCGCCGAGGAGCGGGCCCGGGCACUCUCUGCUCUCCUGCCCUGCGCAGUUUCAGGCAAUGAUGUGAACAUAAGUCCAGGUCGUCGAUUCAUGAUUGAUCUUCUGGUGGGCAGCUUGAUGGCUGAUGGAGGGUUGGAGUCAGCCUUACACGCAGCCAUUACUGCAGAGAUCCAGGUAUGGCCUUGGAGGCACACAAACAUUGCUUCUCAGACUGUGGCCAGAUUGAAGGAUGUUGCCCGUCGGAUUUCAUCAUGUCUGGACUUUGAGCAACACAGUCGUGAAAGAUCUGCUUCACUGGAUUUGUUGCUGCGUUUUCAACGUUUGCUUAUUAGUAAACUUUAUCCAGGAGAAAGUAUUGGUCAGAUCUCAGAUAUUUCUAGUCCAGAGCUAAUGGGCGUUGGUUCCUUGCUGAAGAAGUACACAGCCCUUCUGUGCACACACAUUGGAGAUAUACUGCCUGUGGCAGCCAGCGUUGCUUCUACCAGCUGGCGGCACUUCGCAGAGGUGGCUUGCAUUGUGGAAGGGGACUUUACAGGUGUUCUCCUUCCAGAACUAGUAGUUUCUAUAGUGCUUCUGCUCAGUAAAAAUGCUGGUCUCAUGCAAGAGGCUGGAGCUGUACCUCUGCUGGGUGGCCUGUUGGAACAUCUGGAUCGGUUCAACCACCUGGCUCCAGGAAAGGAACGGGAUGAUCAUGAAGAGUUAGCCUGGCCUGGCAUAAUGGAGUCAUUUUUUACAGGUCAGAACUGUAGAAAUAAUGAAGAAGUGACGCUUAUACGCAAAGCUGAUUUGGAGAACCAUAAUAAAGAUGGAGGCUUCUGGACUGUGAUUGACGGGAAAGUGUAUGAUAUAAAGGACUUCCAGACGCAGUCGUUAACAGGAAAUAGUAUUCUUGCUCAGUUUGCAGGGGAAGACCCAGUGGUAGCUUUGGAAGCUGCUUUGCAGUUUGAAGACACUCGGGAAUCCAUGCAUGCGUUUUGUGUUGGCCAGUAUCUGGAGCCUGACCAAGAAGUUGUCACCAUACCAGAUCUGGGAAGUCUCUCUUCACCUCUGAUAGACACAGAGAGGAAUCUGGGCCUGCUUCUUGGAUUACACGCCUCCUAUUUAGCAAUGAGCACACCGCUGUCUCCUGUUGAGAUUGAAUGUGCCAAGUGGCUUCAGUCAUCCAUCUUCUCUGGAGGCCUGCAGACUAGCCAGAUCCACUACAGCUACAACGAGGAGAAAGAUGAGGACCACUGCAGCUCCCCAGGGGGCACACCUGCCAGCAAAUCUCGACUCUGCUCCCACAGACGGGCCCUGGGGGACCAUUCCCAGGCUUUUCUGCAAGCCAUUGCAGACAAUAACAUUCAGGAUCACAACGUGAAGGACUUUUUGUGUCAAAUAGAAAGGUACUGUAGGCAGUGCCAUCUGACCACACCGAUCACGUUUCCUCCUGAGCAUCCUGUGGAAGAGGUCGGUCGCUUGCUGUUAUGUUGCCUCUUAAAACAUGAAGAUUUAGGUCAUGUGGCAUUAUCUUUAGUUCAUGCAGGUGCACUUGGUAUUGAGCAAGUAAAGCACAGAACGUUGCCUAAGUCAGUGGUGGAUGUUUGUAGAGUUGUCUACCAAGCAAAAUGUUCGCUCAUUAAGACUCAUCAAGAACAGGGCCGUUCUUACAAGGAGGUCUGCGCUCCUGUCAUCGAACGUUUGAGAUUCCUCUUUAAUGAAUUGAGACCUGCUGUUUGUAAUGACCUCUCUAUAAUGUCUAAGUUUAAAUUGUUAAGUUCUUUGCCCCGUUGGAGGAGGAUAGCUCAGAAGAUAAUUCGAGAACGAAGGAAAAAGAGAGUUCCUAAGAAGCCAGAAUCUACGGAUGAUGAGGAAAAAAUUGGAAAUGAAGAGAGUGAUUUAGAAGAAGCUUGCAUUUUGCCUCAUAGUCCAAUAAAUGUGGACAAGAGACCCAUUGCAAUUAAAUCACCCAAGGACAAAUGGCAGCCGCUGUUGAGUACUGUUACAGGUGUUCACAAAUACAAGUGGUUGAAGCAGAAUGUUCAGGGUCUUUAUCCGCAGUCUCCACUCCUCAGUACAAUUGCUGAAUUUGCCCUUAAAGAAGAGCCAGUGGAUGUGGAAAAAAUGAGAAAGUGCCUACUAAAACAGUUGGAGAGAGCAGAGGUUCGCCUGGAAGGGAUAGAUACAAUUUUAAAACUGGCAAGCAAGAAUUUCUUACUUCCAUCUGUGCAGUACGCGAUGUUUUGUGGAUGGCAAAGACUUAUUCCUGAGGGAAUCGAUAUAGGGGAACCUCUUACUGAUUGUUUAAAGGAUGUUGAUUUGAUCCCCCCUUUUAAUCGGAUGCUGCUGGAAGUCACCUUUGGCAAGCUGUAUGCUUGGGCUGUUCAGAACAUUCGAAAUGUUUUGAUGGAUGCCAAUGCCAAAUUUAAAGAGCUUGGUAUCCAGCCGGUUCCCCUGCAAACCAUUACCAAUGAGAACCCGUCAGGACCGAGCCUGGGGACCAUCCCACAAGCCCGCUUCCUCCUGGUGAUGCUCAGCAUGCUCACCCUGCAGCACGGCGCAAACAACCUCGACCUCCUGCUCAAUUCCGGCACGCUGGCCCUCACGCAGACGGCGCUGCGCCUGAUUGGCCCCAGUUGUGACAACGUUGAGGAAGAUAUGAAUGCUUCUGCUCAAGGUGCUUCUGCCACAGUUUUGGAAGAAACAAGGAAGGAAACGGCUCCUGUGCAGCUCCCUGUUUCAGGGCCAGAGCUGGCUGCCAUGAUGAAGAUUGGAACGAGGGUCAUGAGAGGUGUGGACUGGAAAUGGGGCGAUCAGGAUGGGCCUCCUCCAGGCCUAGGCCGAGUGAUUGGUGAGCUGGGAGAGGACGGGUGGAUAAGAGUCCAGUGGGACACGGGCAGCACCAACUCCUACAGGAUGGGGAAAGAAGGAAAAUAUGACCUCAAGCUGGCAGAGCUGCCGGCCGCUGCACAGCCCUCAGCAGAGGACUCGGACACAGAGGACGACUCUGAAGCCGAACAAACUGAAAGGAACAUUCACCCCACUGCAAUGAUGUUUACCAGCACUAUUAACUUACUGCAGACUCUUUGUCUGUCUGCCGGAGUUCAUGCCGAGAUCAUGCAGAGCGAAGCCACCAAGACUUUGUGCGGACUGCUGCGAAUGUUAGUGGAAAGCGGAACGACGGACAAGACAUCUUCUCCAAACAGGCUGGUGUGCAGGGAGCAGCACCGGAGCUGGUGCACGCUGGGGUUUGUGCGGAGCAUCGCUCUCACGCCGCAAGUGUGCGGCGCCCUCAGCUCCCCGCAGUGGAUCACGCUGCUCAUGAAGGUCGUGGAGGGGCAUGCACCCUUCACUGCCGCCUCGCUGCAGAGGCAGAUCUUAGCUGUGCAUUUAUUGCAAGCAGUCCUUCCGUCAUGGGACAAGACCGAAAGGGCGGGGGACAUGAAGUGCCUUGUGGAGAAGCUGUUUGGCUUCUUGGGGAGCUUGCUCACUACCUGCUCUUCCGACGUGCCGUUACUCAGAGAGUCCACGCCCAGGCGGCGCAGGGCGCGCCCGCAGGCCUCGCUGACCGCCACGCACAGCAGCACGCUGGCGGAGGAGGUGGUGGCGCUGCUGCGCACGCUGCACUCGCUGACUCAGUGGAACGGGCUCAUCAACAAGUACAUCAACUCCCAGCUCCGCUGCGUCACCCACAGCUUUGCAGGAAGGCCUUCCGAAGGGGCCCAGCUAGAGGACUACUUCCCCGACUCCGAGAACCCUGAAGUGGGGGGCCUCAUGGCGGUCCUGGCUGUGAUUGGAGGCAUCGAUGGUCGCCUGCGCCUGGGCGGCCAAGUUGUGCACGAUGAGUUUGGAGAAGGCACCGUGACUCGCAUCACCCCGAAGGGCAGAAUCACCGUGCAGUUCUCCGACAUGCGGACGUGUCGCGUGUGCCCACUGAGUCAGCUGAAACCACUUCCUGCUGUGGCCUUUAAUGUGAACAACCUGCCCUUCACAGAGCCCAUGCUGUCUGUCUGGGCUCAGUUGGUGAACCUCGCUGGAAGCAAGUUAGAAAAGCACAAAAUAAAGAAAUCUACUAAACAGGCCUUUACAGGACAAGUGGACCUGGACCUGCUGCGGUGCCAGCAGUUGAAGUUAUACAUCCUGAAAGCAGGUCGGGCGCUGCUCUCCCACCAGGAUAAACUGCGGCAGAUCCUGUCUCAGCCAGCUGUUCAGGAAACUGGAACUGUUCAUGCAGAUGAUGGAGCAGUGGCAUCACCUGACCUUGGGGACAUGUCUCCUGAAGGGCCACAGCCCCCCAUGAUCCUCUUGCAGCAGCUGCUGGCCUCGGCCACCCAGCCGUCUCCUGUGAAGGCCAUAUUUGAUAAACAGGAACUUGAGGCUGCUGCACUGGCCGUGUGCCAGUGCUUGGCUGUGGAGUCCACUCACCCUUCGAGCCCAGGAUUUGAAGACUGCAGCUCCAGUGAGGCCACCACGCCUGUCGCCGUGCAGCACAUCCGCCCGGCCAGAGUGAAGAGGCGCAAGCAGUCUCCCGUUCCCGCCCUGCCCAUUGUGGUGCAGCUCAUGGAGAUGGGAUUUCCCAGAAGGAACAUCGAGUUUGCGCUGAAGUCUCUCACCGGUGCUUCCGGGAAUGCAUCCGGCUUGCCUGGUGUGGAAGCCUUGGUCGGGUGGCUGCUGGACCACUCCGACGUCCAGGUCACGGAGCUCUCGGAUGCAGACACAGUGUCCGACGAGUAUUCUGAUGAGGAGGUGGUGGAGGACAUGGACGAUGCUGCCUACUCCAUGUCUACUGGUGCUGUUGUGACGGAGAGCCAGACCUACAAAAAACGAGCUGAUUUCUUGAGUAAUGAUGAUUAUGCUGUAUAUGUGAGAGAGAAUAUUCAGGUGGGAAUGAUGGUUAGAUGCUGCCGAGCGUAUGAAGAAGUAUGUGAAGGCGAUGUUGGCAAAGUCAUCAAGCUGGACAGAGAUGGAUUGCAUGAUCUCAAUGUGCAGUGUGACUGGCAGCAGAAAGGGGGUACUUACUGGGUUAGGUACAUUCAUGUGGAACUUAUAGGCUAUCCUCCACCAAGUUCUUCUUCUCACAUCAAGAUUGGCGAUAAAGUGCGGGUCAAAGCGUCUGUUGCCACACCGAAAUACAAGUGGGGAUCUGUGACUCAUCAGAGUGUGGGCGUUGUGAAAGCUUUCAGUGCCAAUGGAAAAGAUAUCAUUGUCGACUUUCCCCAGCAGUCUCACUGGACUGGGUUGCUGUCAGAAAUGGAGUUGGUCCCCAGUAUUCAUCCUGGGGUUACGUGUGAUGGAUGUCAGAUGUUUCCUAUCAAUGGAUCCAGAUUCAAAUGCAGAAACUGUGAUGACUUUGAUUUUUGUGAAACGUGUUUCAAGACCAAAAAACACAAUACCAGGCACACAUUUGGCAGAAUAAAUGAACCAGGUCAGUCUGCGGUAUUUUGUGGCCGUUCUGGAAAACAGCUGAAGCGUUGCCACAGCAGCCAGCCAGGCAUGCUGCUGGACAGCUGGUCCCGCAUGGUGAAGAGCCUGAACGUGUCGUCCUCCGUGAACCAGGCAUCCCGUCUCAUUGACGGCAGUGAGCCCUGCUGGCAGUCAUCAGGGUCGCAAGGAAAGCACUGGAUUCGUUUGGAGAUUUUCCCAGAUGUUCUUGUUCAUAGGUUAAAAAUGAUCGUAGAUCCUGCUGACAGUAGCUACAUGCCGUCCCUGGUGGUAGUGUCAGGUGGAAAUUCCCUGAAUAACCUUAUUGAACUAAAGACAAUCAAUAUUAACCCUUCUGACACCACAGUGCCCCUUCUGAAUGACUGCACAGAGUAUCACAGGUAUAUUGAAAUUGCCAUAAAGCAGUGCAGGAGCUCAGGAAUCGAUUGUAAAAUCCAUGGUCUCAUCCUGCUGGGACGGAUCCGGGCAGAGGAGGAAGAUUUGGCUGCAGUUCCUUUCUUAGCUUCAGAUAACGAAGAGGAGGAGGAUGAGAAAGGCAACAGCGGAAGCCUCAUUAGAAAGAAGGCUGCUGGGCUGGAAUCGGCAGCUACGAUAAGAACCAAAGUGUUUGUGUGGGGUCUGAAUGACAAGGACCAGCUGGGCGGGCUGAAAGGCUCCAAGAUAAAGGUUCCUUCAUUCUCUGAGACACUGUCUGCUUUGAAUGUGGUACAGGUGGCUGGUGGUUCUAAAAGUUUGUUUGCAGUGACUGUGGAAGGGAAGGUGUACGCCUGUGGAGAAGCCACGAAUGGCCGACUGGGGCUGGGCAUUUCCAGCGGGACGGUGCCCAUCCCACGGCAGAUCACAGCUCUCAGCAGCUACGUGGUGAAGAAGGUGGCUGUUCACUCAGGUGGCCGGCACGCGACGGCUUUAACUGUCGAUGGAAAAGUGUUUUCGUGGGGCGAAGGUGACGACGGAAAACUUGGACAUUUCAGCAGAAUGAACUGUGACAAGCCAAGGCUGAUCGAGGCCCUGAAAACCAAGCGAAUCCGAGAUAUCGCCUGUGGGAGCUCGCACAGCGCGGCCCUCACAUCCAGCGGAGAACUGUACACCUGGGGCCUCGGCGAGUACGGCCGGCUGGGACAUGGGGAUAAUACGACCCAGCUAAAGCCCAAAAUGGUGAAAGUCCUUCUUGGUCACAGAGUAAUCCAGGUUGCCUGUGGGAGUAGGGACGCACAGACCCUGGCUCUGACCGACGAAGGUUUGGUAUUUUCCUGGGGUGAUGGUGACUUUGGAAAAUUGGGCCGGGGCGGAAGUGAAGGCUGUAACAUUCCGCAGAACAUUGAGAGACUGAAUGGACAGGGGGUGUGCCAGAUUGAGUGUGGAGCUCAGUUCUCCCUGGCGCUCACCAAGUCUGGAGUGGUGUGGACAUGGGGAAAGGGGGAUUACUUCAGGUUGGGCCAUGGCUCUGACGUGCACGUGCGGAAACCGCAGGUGGUGGAAGGGCUGAGAGGGAAGAAGAUCGUGCAUGUGGCCGUCGGGGCCCUGCACUGCCUGGCGGUCACGGACUCGGGGCAGGUGUAUGCUUGGGGUGACAAUGACCACGGCCAGCAGGGCAAUGGCACGACCACGGUUAACAGGAAGCCCACACUCGUGCAAGGCUUAGAAGGCCAGAAGAUCACGCGUGUGGCUUGCGGGUCGUCCCACAGUGUGGCGUGGACAACCGUGGAUGUGGCCACGCCCUCUGUCCACGAGCCCGUCCUCUUCCAGACUGCGAGAGACCCUUUAGGUGCUUCCUAUUUAGGCGUGCCUUCAGAUGCCGAUUCUUCUGCUGCCAGUAAUAAAAUAAGUGGUGCAAGUAAUUCUAAGCCGAAUCGCCCUUCUCUUGCCAAGAUUCUCUUGUCACUGGAUGGAAAUCUGGCCAAACAGCAGGCCUUAUCGCAUAUUCUCACAGCGCUGCAAAUCAUGUACGCCAGAGAUGCCGUUGUCGGGGCCCUGAUGCCAGCUGCCAUGAUUGCCCCGGUGGAGUGCCCCUCGUUCUCCUCCGCGGCCCCUUCCGACGCGUCUGCCAUGGCUAGUCCCAUGAAUGGAGAAGAAUGCAUGCUGGCGGUUGAUAUGGAAGACAGGCUGAGUCCAAAUCCAUGGCAAGAAAAGAGAGAGAUUGCUUCCUCUGAGGACGCGGUGACCCCCUCUGCAGUGACUCCAUCGGCCCCCUCAGCCUCCGCCCGGCCGUUUAUCCCAGUGACGGAUGACCUGGGAGCCGCAAGCAUCAUUGCAGAAACCAUGACCAAAACCAAAGAGGAUGUUGAAAGCCAAAAUAAAGCAGCGGGUCUGGAGCCUCAGGCCUUGGAUGAGUUCACCAGUCUGCUGAUUGCAGAUGACACCCGUGUGGUGGUGGACCUGCUACUUGAAGCUGUCGGUGUGCAGCGCGGCCGGGACAGGGGCAGGGACGUGCUGUCUGCGGUGCUUUCGGCAUGGGGACUGCCUCUCCGCAGUACAGAGGGUGUGGAAUUGUUGGCCUCUUUGUUCAUGUCCUUGCUUCCUCUCCAGGUGGCAGAUAUGCUGUUGGAGCUCUGCGUCACCGAGUUGGAGGACGUGGCCACAGACUCGCAGAGCGGCCGUCUCUCUUCUCAGCCUGUGGUGGUGGAGAGCAGCCACCCUUACACCGACGACACCUCCACCAGCGGCACCGUGAAGAUACCAGGUGCAGAAGGACUCAGGGUGGAAUUUGACCGGCAGUGCUCCACGGAGAGGCGCCACGACCCUCUCACAAUCAUGGACGGCGUCAACAGGAUCGUCUCGGUGCGGUCAGGCCGAGAGUGGUCCGACUGGUCCAGCGAGCUGCGCAUCCCGGGGGAUGAGUUAAAGUGGAAGUUCAUCAGCGAUGGGUCUGUGAAUGGCUGGGGCUGGCGCUUCACCGUCUAUCCCAUCAUGCCAGCUGCUGGCCCUAAGGAACUCCUCUCGGACCGCUGCGUCCUCUCCUGCCCAUCCAUGGACUUGGUGACAUGUCUGUUAGACUUCCGACUCAACCUUGCCUCCAACAGAAGCAUCGUCCCUCGCCUUGCGGCCUCGCUGGCAGCGUGUGCACAGCUGAGUGCCCUAGCCGCCAGUCACAGAAUGUGGGCCCUUCAGAGGUUGAGGAAGCUGCUUACAACUGAAUUUGGGCAGUCAAUUAACAUAAAUAGGCUGCUUGGAGAAAAUGAUGGGGAAACAAGAGCUUUGAGUUUUACAGGUAGUGCUCUUGCUGCUUUGGUGAAAGGUCUUCCAGAAGCUUUGCAGAGGCAGUUUGAAUAUGAAGAUCCUAUUGUGAGGGGUGGCAAACAGCUGCUCCACAGCCCAUUCUUUAAGGUACUGGUAGCUCUUGCUUGUGACCUGGAGCUGGACACUCUCCCUUGCUGUGCCGAGACACACAAGUGGGCCUGGUUCCGGAGGUACUGCAUGGCCUCCCGCGUUGCUGUGGCCCUUGACAAAAGAACACCGUUGCCCCGUCUGUUUCUUGAUGAGGUGGCUAAGAAAAUUCGUGAAUUAAUGGCAGACAGCGAAAACAUGGAUGUUCUGCAUGAGAGCCACGACGUUUUUAAAAGAGAGCAAGAUGAGCAGCUUGUGCAGUGGAUGAACAGGCGACCAGAUGACUGGACUCUCUCUGCUGGUGGCAGUGGAACAAUUUAUGGAUGGGGACAUAAUCAUAGGGGCCAGCUCGGGGGCAUUGAAGGUGCAAAAGUCAAAGUUCCCACUCCCUGUGAAGCCCUUGCAACUCUCAGACCCGUGCAGUUAAUCGGAGGGGAGCAGACCCUGUUUGCUGUGACGGCUGAUGGGAAGCUGUAUGCUACUGGGUAUGGUGCAGGUGGCAGACUAGGCAUUGGAGGGACAGAAUCGGUGUCUACCCCAACAUUGCUUGAAUCCAUUCAGCAUGUGUUUAUUAAGAAAGUAGCUGUGAACUCAGGAGGAAAGCACUGCCUUGCCCUGUCUUCAGAAGGAGAAGUUUACUCUUGGGGUGAGGCAGAAGAUGGGAAGCUGGGGCAUGGCAACAGAAGUCCGUGUGACCGCCCUCGUGUCAUUGAGUCUCUGAGAGGAAUUGAAGUGGUCGAUGUUGCUGCUGGUGGAGCCCACAGUGCCUGUGUCACAGCAGCCGGGGACCUCUACACGUGGGGCAAAGGCCGCUACGGCCGACUGGGGCACAGCGACAGCGAGGACCAGCUGAAGCCGAAGCUGGUGGAGGCGCUGCAGGGCCACCGUGUGGUAGACAUCGCCUGUGGCAGCGGAGACGCCCAGACCCUCUGCCUCACGGACGACGACACUGUCUGGUCCUGGGGGGACGGGGACUACGGCAAGCUUGGCCGAGGAGGCAGCGAUGGCUGUAAAGUGCCAAUGAAGAUUGAUUCUCUUACCGGUCUUGGAGUAGUUAAAGUGGAAUGCGGAUCCCAGUUUUCUGUUGCCCUUACCAAAUCUGGAGCUGUUUAUACCUGGGGCAAAGGCGAUUAUCACAGGUUGGGCCAUGGAUCGGAUGACCAUGUUCGAAGGCCUCGGCAGGUCCAAGGGUUGCAGGGAAAGAAAGUCAUCGCCAUUGCCACUGGCUCCCUGCACUGUGUGUGCUGCACAGAGGACGGUGAGGUUUAUACAUGGGGCGACAAUGAUGAGGGACAGCUGGGAGAUGGAACCACCAACGCCAUCCAGAGGCCUCGGUUGGUAGCUGCCCUUCAGGGUAAGAAGGUCAACCGUGUGGCCUGUGGCUCAGCACAUACCCUCGCCUGGUCGACCAGCAAGCCCGCCAGCGCUGGCAAACUCCCAGCACAGGUCCCCAUGGAGUACAAUCACCUGCAGGAGAUCCCCAUCAUCGCACUGAGGAACCGCCUGCUGCUGCUGCACCACCUCUCCGAGCUCUUCUGUCCCUGCAUCCCCAUGUUCGACCUGGAAGGCUCGCUCGACGAAACUGGACUCGGGCCUUCUGUUGGGUUCGACACCCUGCGAGGAAUUCUGAUAUCCCAGGGAAAGGAGGCAGCUUUCCGAAAAGUAGUGCAAGCAACCAUGGUGCGCGAUCGUCAGCACGGUCCCGUCGUGGAGCUGAACCGCAUCCAGGUCAAACGAUCAAGGAGCAAAGGUGGGCUGGCUGGCCCCGACGGCACCAAGUCUGUCUUUGGGCAGAUGUGUGCUAAGAUGAGCUCCUUUGGUCCCGACAGCCUCCUCCUUCCUCACCGUGUCUGGAAAGUCAAGUUUGUGGGUGAAUCUGUGGAUGACUGUGGGGGUGGCUACAGUGAGUCCAUAGCUGAGAUCUGUGAGGAGCUGCAGAACGGACUCACACCCCUGCUGAUCGUGACACCCAACGGGAGGGAUGAGUCUGGGGCCAACCGAGACUGCUACCUGCUCAGCCCGGCCGCCAGAGCACCUGUGCACAGCAGCAUGUUCCGCUUCCUGGGUGUGCUGCUGGGCAUUGCCAUCCGAACCGGGAGUCCCCUAAGCCUCAACCUCGCUGAACCUGUCUGGAAGCAGCUGGCUGGGAUGAGCCUCACCAUCGCGGACCUCAGUGAGGUUGAUAAAGAUUUUAUUCCUGGACUCAUGUACAUCCGAGACAAUGAAGCCACCUCGGAGGAGUUUGAGGCCAUGAGCCUGCCCUUCACGGUGCCGAGCGCCAGCGGCCAGGACAUCCAGCUGAGCUCCAAGCACACGCACAUCACCCUGGACAACCGCGCGGAGUACGUGCGGCUGGCGAUAAACUACAGACUCCAUGAAUUUGAUGAGCAGGUGGCUGCUGUUCGGGAAGGGAUGGCCCGCGUUGUGCCUGUCCCCCUCCUCUCACUGUUCACCGGCUACGAACUGGAGACGAUGGUGUGUGGCAGCCCUGACAUCCCCCUGCAUCUGCUCAAGUCGGUGGCCACCUAUAAAGGCAUCGAGCCUUCCGCAUCGCUGAUCCAGUGGUUCUGGGAGGUGAUGGAGUCCUUCUCCAACACAGAGCGCUCGCUCUUCCUUCGCUUCGUCUGGGGCCGGACGAGGCUGCCCAGGACCAUUGCCGACUUCCGGGGCCGAGACUUCGUCAUCCAGGUGUUGGAUAAAUACAACCCUCCAGACCACUUCCUCCCUGAGUCCUACACCUGUUUCUUCUUGCUGAAGCUGCCCAGGUAUUCCUGCAAGCAGGUGCUGGAGGAGAAGCUCAAGUACGCCAUCCACUUCUGCAAGUCCAUAGACACGGAUGACUAUGCCCGCAUCGCGCUCACAGGAGAGCCGGCCGCCGACGACAGCAGCGACGAUUCAGAUAACGAGGAUGUCGACUCCUUCGCUUCCGACUCUACGCAAGAUUAUUUAACAGGACACUAAGGUGGGGAAAUGUCCUUGUGAAAUGAAAGCCUGCGCCAGGCGGCAGAGCGCUCGCUGCUGUGUAGACUGUAGGCUGCCUGGUGUGUCUGAUGAGAAGCGUCUGUCCUCGAGCCAGGCGGGAGGAGGGGUGGAGAGACUGACUGGCCGUGCUGGGAGUGACAGUGGAAAGGUCCGCCUGUGCGCGUGGAACACCGUGGACGCUCGACUUCCAAGGGUCUUCUCACCCGUAAUGCUGCAUUACAUGUAGGACUGUGUUUACACAGUGUGUAAAUGUUUAUAUAAAUACCGAAUUGCAGCAUCCCCAAAAUGAAUCAAGCCUUUUUACUUGUGGGUGCAAUCGAUUUUUUUCUUUCUCCUUUCUUUCAAGUGUCGUGAGUCGUCUUGAUUGUAUAUUGGAAAUAACUGUGUAACAAAUCGUUAUUAUAAAUAUUUCAAUUAAUUUUACUCUGAAUUUGUUUAUUAAAAGCCUUUUGAACAUGAAAUGAUCAGUAUUACUUGAAUGCAUCCAGAGGAUAUUUAAACCAAAAUGAAAAACCAGAAGGCCAUUUGGUGUCCCCUCUCCCAGGUGUCGCCUUCUAGCAUAUGCAUUAUGUCAUCUGAAUUGAGGCCUUUCUGUGAACAGCAUCAUAACUUCUAUCAUGGAAAGUGUACUAUAUAUAAUGUUUGUGUCAUGUAUAUGCCUAAAUUUUAAUUAUCUAUAAAUAAAACAUCUGUCAUAAAA